ACGUUCCCCCCCCCCUCCCCUCCCCCCGGCUCCUGCAGGGCUCGGAUUGUUGUGGCCGGGGCCUCCCGGGACACGUGGUGCCGCAGCCACUGCUGCCGCCGGGGCAGCCCCGCUCGCGGGAGUGCGGGCAGCAGCAUGGCCGCUCUGGCCGAGGCGGUGAGCAGCAGCAGCAGCAGCAGCAGCGCGGGGGGCCCGGCGGCAGGCGGCAGCGGCAGCAGCAGCCGGCACGAGAAGAGCCUGGGGCUCCUCACCACCAAGUUCGUGUCGCUGCUGCAGGAGGCCAAGGACGGCGUGCUGGACCUGAAAGCGGCUGCUGAUACUCUUGCUGUGAGACAAAAAAGAAGAAUCUAUGACAUCACCAAUGUUUUGGAAGGCAUAGAUUUAAUUGAGAAAAAGUCAAAAAACAGCAUCCAAUGGAAAGGUGUAGGUGCUGGCUGCAAUACGAAAGAAGUCAUAGACAGACUGAGGCAUCUUGAAGCAGAAAUUGAAGAUUUGGAACUAAAAGAAAAAGAGCUGGAUCAGCAAAAAUUGUGGCUGCAGCAAAGCAUCAAAAAUGUUAUGGAUGACUCCACAAACAAUCAAUUUUCAUAUGUCACUCAUGAAGACAUCUGUAAUUGCUUCAAUGGAGACACACUUCUAGCAAUUCAAGCACCUUGUGGUACGCAAUUAGAAGUACCUAUACCUGAAAUGGGACAAAACGGACAAAAGAAAUACCAGAUCAGUCUAAAGAGUAGUUCAGGACCUAUCCACGUGCUGCUUAUUAAUAAAGAAUCAAGUUCCUCCACGCCUGUUGUGUUUCCAGUUCCUCCACCUGAAGACCUUACACAGCCCCCAUCUCAACCUGCAACUCCACUGACUCCCCCAAAACCUACUGCAUCUACUGAGAAUCCAUCAGAGCAGCAUGACAUUAACCAGGAGCAGCAUUUACCACAUACCCCAGUUACAGAUACACCAUCAGACAACAGUAUGCAAGAGAACAACACAACUCCAGCAACUCCUUACUCUAGCCUUCCGGACUCCUUGCUGUAUACGAGCCUUGCAACAGAUACAACACAAACUACUGCUAGCUCAAAUGACUAUCAGGCCUUACUUCCCUUGGAUGUUAAUUGUAUUCUCAAGCCAAACUCAUUUGAUAUAGCAAAGAUGGAUGAGCCCACAGGAAAUAUUAGUAGUGAUAUCAUUGACGAAUUGAUGUCUUCAGAUGUUUUUCCUCUCUUACGACUCUCUCCUACUCCUGGAGAUGACUACAACUUUAACCUGGAUGAUAAUGAAGGAGUCUGUGAUCUUUUUGAUGUGCAGAUACUAAAUUAUUAGAUUCAGUGGCAACCAGACUGUCAUAUCUACCUCUAACUUUAUAACAUUCUAGACUUCUUCAUAACCUAAGUGUAUUAAAUAAUGAAUGUAUAACCUCUUAAUUCACUGACUCUGGGAGUGUAUUUCCUUUUGCUUCCUUACCUACUUCACAAAACACCUUAAAUUCAAAACCAUAAGAAAGGGCUCUUAUCAAAAUGUUCUCUGGUAUUUUUUUUUACAAGUUACAUUAAUGUAACUCAGCUUUGAGAUCCCAAGUUCUCCUCCUCUCCCCUCCCAUUUUUCUUGCAGCCUUCCGGUCACUUAAAAAAAAAAAAAGAAAAGAAAAGAAAAAGACCCAGGCUUGUCACUUAGCAGAAUUUUCUUUCUGAAGCUUUACUGCCAAGAAGCUUUCUGUAUGUUUUUAACCUUUCACUGCAAUUUUUAAAAAGUUCACUGCCAAAUUUUGAAGUGAAGGACAUUAAAUGGGUUAUGUUAAAUUGUUUCAGUGAACCAAUUUUGUGAAGUGCCUUCUGUUUUAGCACUUUAAGUUUCUCACAUUUUAACUUCUGACAUUCCACUUUCCUAGAUUAUAGGAAAAGUCUGUUUGUAGUUUGUAUUAAAGUGUGCCAAUGCUUGUAUAUUAACAAGAUUUUUUUAAUAAAACUGUACAAACAGAG